UCAUGCUGGAGCUAUGACAUCAUCUGGAGCCGCUGACCAUGACACGCGCUCGGGGAAGCAUGCAAACUGUUCUGUCAUGGGGGCGAUGGGUUGUCAGACUUGCAAGGUGGAGAAACUCCUGAAACAGUGUCAGAGGGAAGCCGUGUUGCGCCAGAGACAAAGGUUAACCACUUCGAAGGAGAACAGCCGGAUGAGUGGCACUGAUAAGCUAAGAAAUGAAGUUUCCUCCCACCAUCUCCCAGAUGUGCCAAGUUUGGACAGCUUUCAUCUUCUAGAGGACAACAGCAGAGUUCUGAGACACAACCCGGAGACCAUCAGUGACCAAAGGCUCAAGCAGAAGUUACUGGAGACUGAGAUCAGCACCAGAAAGAAGGAGUGUGAAGCACUUGAAGCAGAGGUGAAGAAGAAAAAUCAAACAUGUCAGACUUUGGAGAAUGAGCUUCAAGAUUUCCUUCAGGAGAACAAGCACUUGAACCUCCAGUUGUUCAACAACAGCCCCAAGGCAUCUGGGUAUGAGAAGGUGAAGUCUGAGUAUGCCCAGCUCAAAGAGACCCUUGGUGCUGUGACGCAGGAGAGAGAUUUAGCCCUGUGGGAGAGGAACCAGCUCCAAGGCAAACUGGAGAACCUAGAGCAAGUGCUCAAGCAUAUGCGAGAGGCUGCAGAGCGGAGGCAGCAGCUAGAAUUGGAGCAUGAGCAGGCCUUGGCUGUACUCAAUGCAAAGCAGCAGGAGAUUGACCUUCUACAGAAGGCUCAGGUUGAGGCUAAAAAGGAACAUGAAGGCGCUGUCCAUCUGUUAGAGAACCACUUGGACAGCAUGCAGGCCAAAGUCCGCGAGCUGGAGGAGAAAUGUCGGAGUCAGAGUGAGCAGUUCAACCUCCUGUCAAAAGAGCUGGAGAAGUUCCGGCUCCAGGCUGGGAAGUUUGACAUCCUCAGCACGGAACCUUUAACUCUAUGUGAAUCUCCUGGGUCGCCCAACAAAUCUUUGUCUCAGCUCCUCAAUGGACUGGCUGCCCCCCUAGGAAAAGGCAAUGAAGCUCCAUCAAGCAGAUCUUUGAUAUCGGAGUUCAUUCGACCGCUCCAGAUUAGUGGAGACAAGCCCGAGCUCCUCUCUGUCAAGCCAACAUUCCUCACUCGCAGUCGAGCCAGCAGCCCGGCACAGGCCUUCCUCUCUGAGAUGGACAAAGAGCUGAGCUCAACCACCAGGUCCAAACCAAGAUUCACUGGGAAGGUUCGUCUGUGUAUUGCUCGGUACAGUUACAAUCCUUAUGAUGGGCCUAAUGAGCAUCCUGAGGCAGAGCUCCCCCUGGUGGCAGGGAAGUACCUCUACGUUUACGGGACAAUGGAUGACGAUGGCUUUUAUGAAGGAGAGCUGCUGGAUGGACAGCGGGGCCUCGUCCCAUCUAACUUUGUAGAUUUUGUCCAAGAUGAGGAGACAUCGUCUGUCCAGCAAAGGGGCACAGUGGCUAAACAACCUGGCUACCUCAACCACAGUAGCCUGGGAACUCAGAGACUGGGGGUCGGCACAGGGACAGGAACAAGCAUUAGCAGCCUGCUGUCUGACAGUAAACUAGACUGUCUAAGUUCAAGCAGCUUGGGCAUUGACCUCACGGGUUCUUCCAGCAAUGGGACGGGAACGCUGGAUGUCAGCAUUGACGAGAUCGGUGAAGACAUUGUGCCUUAUCCCCGCCGCAUCAACCUGAUUAAACAACUGGCCAAGAGUGUAAUUAUUGGUUGGGACUCCCCUGUGGUCCCACCAGGCUGGGGUUCCAUCAGAGGCUACAAUGUCUUGGUGGAUAAGGAGGUGCGCAUGAGUGUCCCCUACGGGGGCAGGACAAAGUCUCUUAUUGAAAAGCUCAAUUUAACUACCAACACUUACCGUAUCUCAGUGCAGAGCAUCACUGACCGGGGCCCGUCGGAUGAGCUCCGGUGCACUCAGCUCGUGGGAAAGGAUGUGGUGGUGGCACCUUACUACUUGCGGGUGGACAGCAUCACGCAAGUCUCUGCUGAGCUCUCCUGGAUGCCCAGCAACAGCAACUACAGUCACACCAUCUUCCUCAACGGUGCAGAGUACGACAUGGUCAAGGCCGGGGGCUACAAGUACAAGUUCUUCAACCUGAAGUCCAUGACAGUUUACAAGGUGAAAGUUGCGGCGCAGCCGCAUCAGGUGCCUUGGCAGCUUCCGAUGGAUCAAAGGGAGAAGAGGGAAAUCUCUGUGGAGUUCUGCACUCAGCCUGCAGCGAGUGUGUUAUGCUCCUCAGGGCCCCCUCUACCUCCCCAGGAGGUGCAUGUUCAAUGUGGUCAGACGCCUGGGUUCCUGCAGGUCAGAUGGAAGCCGCCACCUCUGUCGCCUUCAGGAACCUCCAACGGAGCCAGUGUGAUUGGCUAUGUUGUGUGGACAAAGGGAGAAAAGAUCGCAGAAGUCUUGUACCCCACAGCAGAUUAUGUGACCGUGGAGUUAAACAGGAUUCAGGGUCUGGAGGCCAGAGAAAUCAUUGUAAGGACGUUAUCAACACAAGGAGAGUCCCAGGACUCUCCUGUGGCCGUCAUCCCAAACAAUCUCUUGGGCUCUCCACGCCUCUCCCACCGAACCACGGCACCCCCUCCCCCUAUGCCUCACCCGCAGUCCCAUCCAGGGCACUCACAAACCCAUCCUCCUUACCCGUCAACGUAUCCCCCGAAUCACCCUCAGCCCCAGAUGCAGCCUCUGUCUCGACCGCAGCCCCACACGCUGCCCCACACACAGUCGCACUCGGAGCCUGUCCAUCAUCCUCCUCCUCCUCCUCCUCCUCAACCCCAGCCUCAUUUCCAGUGCCACCCAAUGCCCAAGUCCAAGCCGUUAGUAAGUGCCAGAGAGCCAGAAACCAAAGAGCAUGAGGUGGGCCCGCGGCCAGCCCAGCCCUGGGAGCGCUCCUCGUCUCCGCUGCCCCCCAUGCGCGGCCCCAACCUAGAGCCGCCACAAUUUCAGCCACGGCGAUCGCCCUCUCCUCAGAGGAUCCUUCCGCAGCCUCAGGGAGUCCCCAUCACCAACACCAUCGCCAAGGCCAUGGCCAGGGAAGCUGCCCAGAGAGUGUUUGCCGAGGGUAACAGGAUUGAGAAAAGGAAUAUCUUUAGUGAACGAGGUAACACGUUGCAUCCACUCAACUCUGACGAGGAGGAGGAUGGAUACGACUCUCCUCAUGCGAGGAGGAGAGGAGCCUCGGUGGAUGAAUUCCUCAGAGGCUCCGAGUUGGGCAGACAGCAACAUCAUCACCACUACAGCCAGAGUGAGGAGUACCACACAGAGAGCAGCCGGGGUUCCGACCUGUCCGACAUUAUGGAGGAGGACGAGGAAGACCUGUACUCUGAGAUGCAACUGGAGGAAGGCCGCAGGCGCAGUAUCAACUCUCACAACACUCUUAAGGCAUAUUACAAGCGUCAGGACUUAGCUGAGGAAAGAGACUGCUGGGACCUCCAGAGGGAGGUGGUGAAGCAGAAGUCGCUCCGCAGCAAACGUCUCCACAGCAUCCCCGAGGUGGCCGAAGAGGAAUCUGAAAACGUGGACAGCAUGGGCCAACGUCUGUGCUUUGAAGACGGCGGGCGCCCGGGAACGCCGCACACUCAGCGGAGGAUGUACCCCCAGGAUACCCAGACGCACAACCAUUUCGCCCCCAACAAGACCUCCCGCUAUCUGCAGCGCCAGCGCUCCUCCCCUCGCUUCACCGACAGCCGCCACUACCACAACACAGACGACCGCAGUCUGGGACGCCCCAACCGCCAGAACACCAAGAGUCCUGACAGCGGCUUAGACUGCGGCAGUGAGGAAGAGGGCUCUCUUGGUCGGGUUCAUCGUGGGUACUACACUCAUGGAAGCCCACUGCGGGGACCCGUGCGCAUCAUUCAUUGCGAGGGCCCAGUAGAACGGCGGGCCCUGGCAAUGGGCCGUAAAAGAACUCUGACCCGCCAGUGCAGCGUGGAGGACGAGUUCUCCGACAUUCCAGUGACUUCAGCCAAGUUUGUUCACACGGGUGACUUUAGGAACAGGGAUAACUUUGGGCCUGGUCGGGAGGCCGGGCCGCGAAACUACUCCAGGGAAGGCGCCCUGAGCGAGGGCCGGCUGAACGAGCUGGACAGGGUCUAUUACAGCCCCCACAGGGAGGCUAGGGCCCAGUCUUUGUCCAGGCUCAACCGGGACCAGCCGCUGAUCAUUGGGAACUCACCGUCACACGGAAACGAUGAUCGUCUGGACCACUCGGGGAGGAGGCCGGUUCACAUCGGCACCCCCCCUCAGCGACGACCCAUCCCAUCCAUUGAGAUCACCAUGGACAGUAACAGUGAGGGGAGUGAGGGGAACCUCUCACCCGUCAAGGACGAUGUUUACUAUGGCAGUGUAGCUCGGCGCAGGAUAUGGCGAUCUAUGUCCUCAGAGGAUCAAUAUGACGGCUAUGGCGGUCGCAGGCACGGGCGGGGACGGCGUUCCCCGGAUUACUAUGAGGAAUCGGAGCCAGAGGAGAUGACCCGUGUGUUCGUGGCACUGUUUGACUAUGAUCCCCUGUCCAUGUCUCCCAACCCCGAUGCUGCUGAUGAGGAGCUGCCGUUCAAGGAGGGCCAGAUUAUCAAGGUGUUUGGGCAUAAAGAUACAGACGGCUUCUACAGGGCGGCAAUCCGAGAACGAGUGGGUCUGAUCCCCUGUAACAUGGUCUCUGAGAUCCAAACGGAGGAUUACGACAUGAUGGACCAGCUCCUCAAACAGGGCUUCCUGCCUCUCAACACUCCUGUGGAGAAGUUAGUGAACUGCGACCGUUUCAAAGAUGGCCGCUCAAUAAAUCGCAGGUCCAGAAAAUCCAAGAGAGAGAGGAAUAGGCGGAGCGGCCGUCAGCACCCAAUGUCGACACGAAGAAUGGUCGCUCUGUAUGACUACGACCCCAGAGAGAGCUCCCCUAACGUUGAUGUAGAGUAUGAGGGCAACAGACUGAAUGAGGAGGCUGAACUGACUUUCUGUGCCGGUGACGUCAUCAUGGUCUUUGGUGAAAUAGAUGAGGAUGGCUUUUACUAUGGCGAGCUCAAUGGACACAAGGGACUCGUUCCUUCCAACUUUCUAGAAGAAGUGCCUGACGAUGUAGAGGUUUUUCUCACUGACUCAUCAUCUCGAUACCCCCAGGACAAUCCAGCUCGGAUAAAGACCAAAAGGGUUCCAUUGGACAAAUCGGGUCCGCCCAGAAGAGCAGCCUCUCCCACGGUGCGUCCAUGCGCCCUGGACUGGGGCCCGGCCGCCGCGGGGCCUCGCAGGCCCAUCAGGGCCCCACUGGACUUGUACUCCUCCAAAAAGAAAAAGGGACUGAUCUCCAAAGGGAAGAAACUAUUGGGAAGACUUGGCGCUGUAAAAUAAUUUCUUGAGUGUCAAACACUCGUUCAUUGUGUUUGCAAAAAAAAAAAAAGAAAAGACAUGAAAACACCACAGUGGACAAGACAGGUUGCAUUUGUGAGCUGAGCAAAUGCUUUAUUCUUGUACAUCUGUAUACUAGAAUAUUUGUAUUUUGUUAACAUCAAUGCAUCAAUGACAUAUUUUCAACAACACAUUUCAUACUAUGGUCCUGAGACCUCAGCAGUGCUCGCCAUCUUACCUCCAAAGUCUCGGGAGGGCGUCAUCCAGUUUUCACUUGGUCGAGCCUGAUGAGCCCUCACACGCCACAUUGUGAGGCCUGGGUCUCUGCGUAGAAAUCUGAAUAUCACUCAAGGGCUCGCUCUGGGAGUCCCAUUAAGAAUCUGAGGGUCAGAGACGGACAUGGAGGCCAGCCAGCUGUUUGUGUGACGUACGGCAGGUCCACAUGCUUUUACUUCAGCACAUCCCCUCCUGAGCCUGCGGGAGCGCACGUCACGUGAUGGGCUCAGAGUGGAACCUGGAGAAUGAAGUGACAUUUACUGUGACAAAUCAGCAGAAAUAAGUCCCACUCAUCUUCUGCCUCCAUCUCAGAAGGGAAUAGUGUACAGUGACCCCCUCCCAAAACAAAAUGUCAGACACCAUGAAAACAAGCACACGUGUUCCUACUUCAGGGUCUCUGCAGUAAAAUGAGCCUGGAUGGAAAUUCCUAGUGGAUCCAACCUUAAUGUGUUUGCCUUAUAAUCGCACAAUGUUUAGUAGUUUGUCCAGAAGAGUGUGAAGCUUAAUGCUUCUAUUUACAGGCGGGUGACAAAUUAAAGGAAACCCCUGCAGAAUGUCUCCCAUCCAAACCACACCAGGGGUCACUUUUGAAAAUACAGCCCAAAGGAUUUGGAAUUUUUUGGGGGCCGAUGCAUAUUUAUUUCAAAAGGCAAUUACUCCCAAGAUUUAUGUAAUUGAGGCUUCAUGUUCUACAGAUGAACCAUAAACCUCAUUAGAGCUUUAAACAAAGAAAACAGAAAUACACAACUUCAACCCAUUAUAUAGAAUUCAAAAAACUGAUUGUAAGUAAAAUGUCAACACAUACAUACACAUCCUGCAUUGUUCAUUCAGUAAAAUAAAAGUUUUAAUAUCGGCAAACAGAAACGUAGAUACUGAUGUCUGUAAAAGGCUCUAUGUGAAAACAAUGACAUGUCACAUGUUGUGGCCUCUGCAGUCACCAGAUCUCAGUCUGUACGUCGGUAGAUUUUGACCCGACUCCUUUCCAAGUGUUGGAUGAGCAGUGUUAAAUGGUAAAUACACUAUUUAUAUAAUGCUCUCAUAUCGACCAAGACCAAGUUUUACAGUCAAGUUCACGCACUCGUACAGCUUCUAUUCACCACUACCCCCCGAGGCACAGCCCCUCAGAGACCUGUAAUAUCUGGUCCUACACCUUCAGCCGUAUUCCUUAAAUUUGUCACCUGUAUGUUUGUUGUCAUAUUGUAACAUCUGACUGCGGCUGUUUGUCGAACUGGGACGUGCAGGGUACAGUGUGACUGUGGUGAUCACCACAGGGCCAGAGAUUACACUUAACCAGCCCAUCAUCCAUAACUGAGCCCAGAACAGAAAAGAAAAUGUUUGCAUUAAUUUAAAAAAUAUUCCCUAGAAAAUAGAUCAUUGAAAAUCCCUCCCUGCAAAACCAAAUUCUGGGGCGACUGAUGAAAAAGAAAGUUGUUGGUGCCACACUGAUUAAAAACAGUGACUAAAGUAAACUGUUACAUAAACAGAUUGGAGACUAAAUAGUAGCUGAACUUUUCUAGAACAUCAGCGAAUGACCGGUUUGUUGACCUGCACUGGUUUCAUGACGUGCACUUGUGGGCUUCAGUCAGAGACAGUGUGACGUCUUUCAGUCGAUCACAGUGAGACACAAGGCUACCUCCACCCCUCUGACCCCACCUUAGAUCUCAAACGUUUGUUCAAGCCAGUCUGUCAGCGAUGCCUGUUCAGUGUCCCCAGUUCUGUUGGUGCAGGAUACAAGUACUGUAUAUCAAUAUAUAUAUAUAUAAUAUACAUAUAUAUAUCUACACCGUAGAGUAGUGAAUGUAUGAUGAAUUGAAAGCCAAUGUAUUUUCAAAGCUGCCCAAAAACGAUUGUGCAGGUGUCCGUCUUUGUGCGUGAAAUGAAACGGUCCAACUUUAUCUCCUCAUAUCGUUGUUUUUUCCACUUCAUCCUCACGUGUAUUUUCAAAUCGAGCCUAUAUUUUCUAUAACACAAGAGUUGAAACUGAAACUGCCAAAAAAGAAUGUAUGCAAAACAUUCUGAUACUUUCUGUACUGAUGAUUUUCAGCCAUGUUGACCUAAGGUGACCUGAUGUACGUUUUCCUAUUGACGGACCUCGUCCUCAAGACAUUGCUUCUGUUCAUUUUGAGUGACUGUUGCUCUUUUUGUACUUUGUCCAUUUGUAAAAUUGUUUUUAAAUGUUUAUACUUGAUUUUCAAACUGCCUUUUUUGUACAUUUAACUUUAUAAUCAAACAGUGCAAGCUUUCCCCAUGGUGUCUUUAAGACCAUAUUGUUUAAAAGUCUGCAGUUGUGUGCUAGCUUUAUGAUAAGAAUUAUCAGCCUAUAUUGAUGGUUACAAUUUAUCGUGUGGGUGUGCAUGUGCAAUUUUUUCUAAAAAAACAAUCUAAAUAAAUUUGAUAUUUUGUAA